AUGAGUCUUUGGUGUGAUAAAUAUCGUCCAAAAACAUUCGAUGAACUUGAUUAUCAAUUAGAACAAGCAAAUUUAUUACAAACAAUUGUUGCUAGUGGUGAUUUUCCACAUUUUUUAAUAUUUGGUCCAAGUGGUUCUGGUAAAAAAACUCGUAUAACAUGUUUACUUCAUGCAUUAUAUGGUGAUGGUGUUCAAUCAUUACGUAUUGAAAAUCAUGAAUAUGAAACACCAUCAAAAAAGAAAAUUGAAAUAACAACAAUUGGUAGUAAUUUUCAUAUACAAGUCAAUCCAAGUGAUGUGGGAAUUUAUGAUCGUGUUGUUAUUCAAGAAUUAAUUAAAACAAUUGCACAAACUAAACAAUUUAAUAGUACAGAACAACGCUCAUUUAAAGUUAUUGUUAUUGUUGAAGUCGAUAAACUAACACGUGAUGCUCAACAUGGUCUUCGUCGUACAAUGGAAAAAUAUGUUAGUUCAUGUCGACUUGUUCUUUGUUGUAAUUCAACAUCACGUGUUAUACCUGCUAUUCGAAGUCGAUGUUUAGCUAUUCGUGUAGCUGCACCAACUUUAGAUGAAAUUAGUGGAAUUUUAAAAAAAGUUGCAACACUGGAAGGUAUUCAAUUACCAGUUGAUUUAGCAAAUCGUAUUGGUGAAAAAAGUCAACGAAAUCUUCGUCGAGCUUUACUUAUGCUUCAAUCAUGUGUUACACAAAAAGUUCCAUUAACUAAAGAUCAACAAAUAAUUGAACCUGAUUGGGAAAUAUAUUUACGUGAUACAGCUCGAAUGAUUGGUGAACAACAAACACCUCAACGAAUUUUGGAAGCACGUGAACGUCUUUAUGAACUUAUUGCACAUUGUAUUCCAGCAGAAAUUAUAUUUAAAGGUUUACUUGAUGAAUUAUUAGCUAAUUGUGAUGAUUUAUUAAAAUCUCAAAUAACUCAAAUAGCAGCUGAAUAUGAACAUCGUCUUCGACAAGGUUCAAAAGAAAUCUUUCAUCUUGAAGCAUUUAUAGCUAAAUUUAUCCUUCUCUUAGUAUGCGGUAUUGCUUUUGCUCUUCCCAGUCGGGAAAAUACACUUUUCGAACGAAUGAGAAUUUUAGGCCCACUCGCUCCUACGAAUAGUCGUGUAAGUUUUACAUGUUCGGCAUUAGCUCCAUCACCAACGGUUCCUACUUCAGUUCACGCUUUACGACCAGCUGAUAUUCAACAUAUCGGUGCUAUCGGUGACAGUUUGACUGCAGCUAAUGGUGCCAAAGCAAGUACAAUUAUUGGUCUUCUCAUCGAAUACCGUGGUGUUUCAUGGAGCAUCGGUGGUGAUUCUGAUCUUACGAAAGUUGUUACUUUAGCAAAUAUUAUGAAAAAAUUUAAUACGAAUCUUAACGGUUUCUCAACCGGUACUGGUAAUCACAAUGCAUCAAAUGCUCUUUUCAAUCUUGCUAAACCAGGUGCUAUUUCAGCUGAUAUGCCAAAUCAAGCUAAUAUGUUAAUUGAUCGAAUGAUUGGAAAAUUAGGCACUAGUAGAUUCAAUUCAGAAUGGAAAUUAGUAACAUUUUUCAUCGGCGGUAAUGAUCUUUGCUCCUAUUGCGAAGAUACUAAUCGUUAUAGUACAGCAGCUUAUAAAAAUAAUAUUAAAACAACACUUGAUAUAUUACAUAGUAGAAUGCCACGUACUCUUGUUAAUUUUGUUACUGUUCUUAAUGUUGCUGAACUUGAAGAUUUACAUGAAGGUGCUGUCUGCAAAAAUAUGCAAGUAUUUUUAUGUGACUGUGCUGUUAAACCUGAAACACGUGAAAUAGUUCGUGUUGCUAAUAUUGCAUAUCAAAGAGCAACAAAUGAAUUGGUUGAUUCGGGUAUUUAUGAUACAAGAAAUGAUUUUACUGUUGUUCGUCAACCAUUUAUGGAACAUAUGCAAGUUCCUGCAACAUCUGAUGGCAAACCGGAUUUUUCAUAUUUCGCACCCGACUGUUUUCAUUUCAGUUCAAAAGGUCAUGAAGCUGCUGCUGUUGAACUUUGGAAUAAUAUGAUGGAAAAAGUUGGCCAAAAGACAACUCUAUGGAAUUUAGCAGAUACACUCAAAUGUCCAUCUACAGGCAAUGGAUACAUCUAUACAUCGAAAAACAGCUAA